AGCAAGCGAUCAGAGCGCCACUGGUAUCUUCCUAGUGUAAUACCGUCACCAUCGGGGCUUGCCCGGUGGAUUAUUUGCUUCCUGCCCAUCUUUCCCAUUUUUUUGAAUCAUGGGGGGAAAGUCUUGGGCCAAGAAGCCUCCAAGCCGCCAAACCGUCUGGCCAAGAGAUGGUCGAUCGACUGUCAGUCACCGGAGAAGCCAAACAUGGCAUCUGGCCGUCGUCAUAAUCUGCCUGGUGCAUGCCUUGCUGCGGAAUGAACCUCCUCUGGUCAGACUGGUAUGUGGGAAGUGGGAAUUCCUCCAGCCCUGUAAGCAGGAGUUUGUCCUACCCAUCAUGUAUGCUCCCAGUUACUCCAUCUGUAUAUUGAUGUCGUAUAUCCAUGCUGUACUCCAUACUCCAUACUGAAUACUCAUACUCCAUAGUCUACCGGCCAGGCGGCCAUAUCGCUAAGCUUGGUUUAGACUCCACCACGGAAGUCUUUUUAUAAUUUUAUGCCCCCCUCUACUCCGUAGGUAUUCCGUCUCCCCCUUUCCUUUUGUUCAUC